AUGGAAGGGGAAUCUGUGGGCUUCAUAAGAAUUAAAGCCGAAAAUAUAAACCCUCUGGCUUUCUUCUUUCUCUUCAAUUUCUCGUUUCUAAAAAAAUUCUUAUGCGUUCUCACACACAGCCAGAUAUUGAUUGACUCACAUCUACAUGACGAUUCGAUUCCAUCUGAAUCGUUCUCUAAAGAGGGCUCCGGCGAGAUCUCCAGUGACUAUUGGGAACUCCGCGCCGAAGAGAUUCUUCAAACGGCUGUUUCCGGUUCAACGCAUCAUCACGAGGCGGCACGGCUCCGUCAAGCGGAAGUGGAAGGAGGCUGCGUGGGUUUGGAUAAGAACUUUGAUUCUCCAAGAGUUUCACUAACAAGUAGGAGUUUGUAUUGGCGGAGGCAACAAAGACUCCAGCUGAGGAUAGAGGCACAAGGGAAACUCCUACAAUCGAUUCUUGAGAAAGCUAGCAAGCAAUGGUUCACAAACGAAACAUCAAAACCAACUGCUGGUCCUGAAAGCUCUCCAACAUCCAAAACCAAUGGGAGCUCUGUUUCUGCUGCAUCAGUGAAGAAGAGGAAUCAUCGUGACAGUCUCGGUGUUGGGUAUGAAGAGACUUAUUCUGCCUAA